GGAGGCUGCUGAGGGGAGGACGGCUCAUAAUAGCUAGAAUGGAGAGUAUGGAAUAGCAUCAAACACAUGGAUCUAUGUGUUUGAUACCAUUCCACUCAUACUGCUCCAGCCAUUACAACGAGCCACCAACCUGUGGUACUGCUAAGAUUUGUAUACAAUUUGUGGUACCAUUUCCCAUUUCUAACCUCUCCAAGAGAGCCAACAAAGGGUGGCAUCGCGAGACUUGGUAUCCCUUGGUGACGGUAUACUGGCUUUCAUGGAUAGAGCAGAGAAACAGAAGACUAAGCUCUUAACUAACCAGCCCUAUGACGAGAGCCUGGAGGUGAACGACUACGAGGAAAUCGCUAGUGUGUACACGCCGACUCCACGAAGACCAGUCUCAAGGAAAAAGAACAGACCGCUGUAUGAAAUGGCGAACAACAGCAGUGAUGAAUUUGACGACGAUGUAAAGCCAAAAAAGAAGGAGCAAAGGAACGGCCAGCCUGGUUUGAGUGAGAAUGAGGAAGAAGAAGAGGAGGAGGACGAUGAUGAUUCGGAUGAGACGGAGUCUGAUGAAGAGGAGGGUGAGCCGGGAUCCGCCCCGGAAGGGGCAUAUGACCCGGCAGACUACGACCACCUUCCUGUCACUGCAGAGAUCAAAGAACUGUUUCAGUACAUUACCCGGUAUACUCCUCAGACCAUUGAACUAGACCACAAGCUUAAACCCUUUAUACCCGACUUCAUCCCAGCAGUGGGAGACAUUGAUGCCUUCCUUAAAGUCCCACGUCCUGAUGGCAAAGCAGACAACCUGGGGCUGUUGGUCCUGGAUGAGCCCUGCACCAAGCAGUCAGACCCUACUGUUCUGUCACUGUGGCUCUCUGAGAACAGUAAGCAGCACAACAUUGCUGAGGUGAAAGUGAAAAGUGUGGAGAACCCGGAGAAGAACCCCAAAGCCAUUGAGAAUUGGAUCGAGAGCAUCAGUGAGCUCCAUCGCUCCAAACCCCCAGCCACCGUCCACUACACCAGGUCCAUGCCAGACAUUGAUACUCUAAUGCAGGAGUGGCCACCUGAAUUUGAAGAGCUGCUGGGAAAGGUUAGUCUACCAACGGCCGAUAUCAAUUGUGAUCUGACCGAGUACAUUGAGGUCAUAUGUGGCAUCCUCGACAUCCCCAUCUACAAGAGCCGGAUUCACUCACUCCAUGUGCUGUUCACUCUUUACUCUGAGUUCAAAAACUCACAGCAUUUCAAAGCCUUAGCGGAGGGUCAGAAGUCAGACACUCUGUCUGCUCCUCGUUCCACCACUGGAGAGCCAGAGACACUGGCCUUCGACUGAGGACAGACAACUGACUCCUGUUGAGUCAAGGACAUGUUGCCUUCAUUGUCCACCAUCUGUGAUUACUGUACUUUGUGGAAAGGAGGACAGAAGGAUGCAUAGAUGUAUAUAAAUGUUUGUAAAUAUUUAUACACUUAACUUUAUACAAAGUGCUUUUCUAGGAUAGACUUACUGUUAUGUGGAAGAAAUUGCAUUGUUUUAUAUUUGGUGUGUUAAGUUUCAUUAAGUACUUCCUAUUAUUAAAUUAAUAUGUUUACAUGGUA